AUGGCCGCCGCAGAGAGCGGAGAGGAGAGACUUGAUGAUAAGAGUGAGGAUCAGGAACCGCAGGGCCCCAAGGACAAGACGCAGAAGCUGAAGAAGGUGAAGAGGGACAGGCGGGAUGAGGAGCAGGCGGAGCCCACCGUGUCGGCCCAGCCCCCCGCCCCGGCGCAGCAGCUGGAGGACCAGAAGCAGGCCGAGGACGCUGGCAAGGCCGAGCCCUCGGAGACGGCGGCCGGGGCGGAUCCCGCCCACCCGGAGGCCUCCGCCUCUCCCAAACAGCGGCGCUCCAUAAUCCGGGACCGCGGCCCGCUGUACGACGACCCCUCGCUGCCCCAGGGCUGGACGCGCAAGCUCAAGCAGCGCAAAUCCGGCCGCUCGGCCGGCAAGUACGACGUCUACCUGAUCAACCCAGAGGGGAAAGCCUUCCGUUCCAAAGUGGAGCUGAUUGCGUACUUCCAAAAGGUAGGAGACACCACCACUGACCCGAAUGACUUUGACUUCACGGUCACGGGGCGCGGGAGCCCGUCCCGCCGCGAAAAGAAGCCCCCCAAGAAGCCCAAGGUGGUGAAACCCUCAGGGAGGGGGAGGGGCCGCCCGAAAGGCAGCGGCAAGGUGCGGCAGGCCACCGAGGGCGUGGCCAUGAAGCGCGUGGUGGAAAAGAGCCCCGGCAAACUGCUGGUAAAGAUGCCCUUUGUGACCCCCAAGACCGAGGCGGGGGGCCCCUCGGGGCAGGCUGUAGUUGCCAAAAUGCGGCCGGGACGCAAAAGGAAGUCGGAGCAGGACCCGCAGACCGCUCCGAAAAAGCGUGGACGGAAGCCGGCGUCGGCAACCGCAGCGGCAGUGGGCAGCACUGGCGGGGCGGGGUCUAGCACCCCCUACACGGCGAGCGCCACGCUGGCCGCCGAGGCCAAGAAGAAAGCCCUGAAGGAGUCUUCCGCAAAGCCGGUGCAGGAGACUGCACUGCCCAUCAAGAAACGCAAGACGCGAGAGACCGUGGAGGAGCCGGAGGCCCCCGUCGUGGCCGCUGCUGCCCCCGAGGUGGGCACCGGGACGGGGACGGGGGCUGGGGCGGGAGCAGUGACGGGGACGAGUACUUUGGCGGGGGCGGCCGGAGCGGAGGCGGCGGAGAAGGGACAGAAGUUGCCAAAGAGCCCUGGGAGGAAGCACAAGGAGGGGCCUCCGGCCCCGGGCAGCGGGGGCAGCAGCAGCGGUAGCCCCUCCAAGAGCCACAAGAAAAAAGAGCGUUCGCAGCAGCACAAACACCACCACCACCACCAUCACCACCACCACCACCACCCGCACUCGCCCCCACACUCGCCCCCGCCCCCUCCCCCUGCCCACCAACACUCCCACAGCCAGGCCGUGCAGAGGGAGGCCCCCGGCCUGCAGGACCACGAGCCUCAGGACUUGAGCACCACCAGGCCCUGCCACGACGACAACCAGCAGCCGCCGGCCCGCCGUGAGCUUGCCCGGGCCGACAGCUGCCCGGCCAGGGAGGUGGUCACCAAGACUCAAGCGCCGUCGGUGCCCGCCGACCUGAAGGGCAAGCACCGGGUGGGCGAGGGGGUGGAGGGAAGGGAGAUGAAGGACAUUGUACCCACAUCAGCAGUGCCCAGACCCAGCCGGGAGGAGACAGUAGAGUCCCGGACACCAGUGAGUGAGAGAGUGAGCUGACUGCCGUAGCCCGGAGAGCAGGGGCUGUGCGAGGGGGUAGGGGGACGUCAGCAGAGAGA